CGUUUGUAUUAUAUCUAUUUAUACAGACGGAUUAGCCUAUUCUGUCUGUAUAAUUCCCUGUUUCUUAAAGACAAUUUUUUCCUCUUUUAUUUUAGCCGUCUGUAUACAUUUUCCUUUCCCUCCACAUAUUCCCAAUUUUCCCUCCCCAAAUUCUGAGUUUCCCUCCCCGGUAAGCCUAAGUAUUUCUGUCCCUCUCCCAAAUUUCCAAAAUUUGGAAUUUAUUUUGCUAAAACUCAAAAACCCAUUCAGUCCUAACUACAAAAUUCAAAAGCCCGACUCUAAUCCUCCCCAAAUUCUGAGUUUCCCUCCUCGAUAGGCUUAAGUAUUUCCAUCCCUCUCCCAAAUCUCCAAAAUUUGGAAUCGAUUUUGCUAAAACUCAAAAACCCAUUCGAACCUAAUGCAAAAUUCAGAAGCUCGACUCUAAUCCAUGAACGACAGGAGGUCAGUAGGUUACCGGCGGAGAAUAGGCGGUGGCAUGCUGCUUGGCUGAGUGAAAAGGAGGCUUCUGUUGAGGAUCCGGUGGCAGAGAGGCAGUGGCACUACUGAGGGAAGAAGAAGCACAGCAAUAGUCCACGUGCCUUUUCUUCCAAAGCUGGUUAAAGAUAUGGUAGAUCACUGCAGUCUUUUUCUUUACACAAAAUGAGUCCUUUCAUAUGGAUAUGGCACCACACCACACCACACCACACCAAGACAAAGCUAUUCGAAACAGAAUCUAGAGCACCAUCUCCACCACCUAGAAAGCCAAGAGGUCCAACAUUGAUGUCCCACAUAUGGGAGUUGGAUAAAGGUGUCAAGGUUAAUGUCAUAUUUGAUGCAAAUUGCCACCCAAUUGGUAAAGAAGGCUGCACCUUAACUCGAUUCCUUGGUACUGUUGCAAGAAAAUCAGAUGUUGCACCUAUUAGCUACAUGGAAUGGAGGGAUAUGCCUCAAAUUUAUAAGGAUGACAUGUGGAAGAUUAUUGAGGUAAAAAAAAAAAAAAUUGGCUUAUACUCUUAAUAGAUUAGUAAACUUGGUGCAAAUUUGGUAUAUUACUUCCAUAUUUAAUUAGCUAUAUUAAAGAAAAACCUUUUGUUUUUAGCUAUGUUAGAUUUUACGUUUCCAAUUGACUCAAGAGCUCUAGUUCCAUUUCCUUUGUCUUCUUUGGUUUUUCUCUACAUUUUUAGUUAG